AUGUAUUCGGCAGGACCUUCAGGUUUACAGAAUGCACCUGUAACAAAGAUUAUAUUGAUAACAGUGAUUGGAAGUACAUUAUUGAUAAACUAUAUUAAUGCAAAACAUAGAGGAAGAACAGCGGAUACUGCGUCGGCCAUUGGAAAUAUUUCACUUUCACCGUUUGCUCUCACUGCAAAUCAAUUCUACUUUAGAUCUCUCGGUGAACUUCUCACUGGUUCAAUAUUAAUCUAUUCCUAUCGUAUCUUUGAAAGGUUGAUGGGAUCAUCAAAAUAUACUUGGAUCGCGCCACUCGUCAACGCACCGCCUGCGCCAACUUCACUACGUCCACUGAUCGAGCAACAACAACAACUACAGAAUCUGCGCCGUCACCAACAACAACAACAGCAAUUCCAAACACCAUUCUUACAAGCGGUACUGCCCUCCGAGGAAAACAUAGCAAUGCUCGUAUCCAUGGGAUUCCCACGCAAUUUGGCUGUCGAAGCACUUCAACGUACCAAUAACAAUCUCAAUGAUGCAACCAACUUUUUAUUAGGUGCAUUAUAA